UUCCGUCUCUUUACUUCUCUCUGGCUGUUGGAAGGUGGUCCUGGUCGAAAAACACCGUUUAGGAAAGCAAGCGACGGGAGCACUUUGCAAGUUUUUGUACUGUCCCUUCACACUUCAAAACGUCUCUAAGACAAACUAUGAAACUCCGGAAUUGACACAAAAUAUUGUUAACGGAGGAAAUGAUGGAUUUGACUUGUUUGUCCUCGGGAAUAAAGUUGGGAAACUACGAGGUGAAAAUGGAGAGCUCAGCUGAGUGAGAGUGGGGUGAGGAGGCUGGAUUUGGCAAAGUUGGAAGUCCUGCCCUGCUGCUAGCAAGCUAGUUAGCAUGCUUAGACACUUCGCUAUUUCGGAUAAGUUAUGAGAUAUUCCCUCUGCUGUUAUCCAGACUGUGAUUCUCCAGGGGAGCCUCUUUAUCUUUGGCAAGACCGCUGCUGACACUGCAGCUUCUCCCAAUGGAUCGAACCAUAUUUGAUAAUCUUAUUUUCUGUGGAGGCUCUGCAUGAAUCCUCAAGAUGAUGUUGCAUUUCUUCUGAAGCCAACCUGACUUAAACUUGGUUUAAAGAGGCUCCAUGCCCUGGGCACAACACUCCUUCCCCUGAUCAAUUAUUUUUAUGUCGUGAGCAUCCAUACCAACUCUGCUCGUGCAAUUUUCUUCACAACAUUCAACAUUUUACGCCAUCUGAGAUGGGGCCCUGCUAGCUUCUUCAAGGGGCUUGAGGUAUCCCCCUGGCUGCUGACAGUGCUGCCUGGCUGUGUGUGUACAACACACAUUGGCACAGGUCUAUAAAAGAAUACUGUAAGAAAAAGACAGCCAAUAAUAAAGUACUUGCUGGAGGAGUUGAGACACACAACGUGUUUGCCAAAAUGCAUUCAUGAACUCUUUGACUUUUAAACUGGACUUAAGUGGAUGUAUUGGACAUAUUCAUGAACUGUGACUGCUGAUGCCAGCUCGUUGGGACUUGAGUGGGUGUAAUCAGCUUUAUUCAUGAACCCUCUGUCUCAGUCUGGGUAUAGUCUGGAUGUUGGAUGCCCUGAGUGUGUUGAAUCAGCUGUUGCGGUGAUGAGGCAGGGCUCCUGGUGGCCUGUGUGGCUGACUGGGCAGUGGCCCAAGGUGAUGUGAUGGGGUGCAGGAACAGCAAGGUCCUCCCUGAGCCUCCAGGGGAUGUUCAGUUGGACCUGGUCAAAAAGGUUGAUCCUCCCCAACCUCCUCAGACAGAUAUCUUUAAGCACUUCAUACGAGGAGAUGGCACUGGAAGCAAGAUGGGUGGUGCUGGUGGAGGGGGCGGUGACAAGGCUGAUUCCACCUCCCCAUAUCAGGCCCAGGCGCAAGCUGCCACUCCCACCGCCUCCGCCCAGCCACCCAAGGACCCAUCCGAACUGUCGGACCCUCAGCGGAAGAAGGUGGCAAAGUAUCGAGCCAAGUUUGAUCCCCGGGUCACAGCCAAGUAUGACAUCAAAGCUCUGAUAGGGCGAGGGAGUUUUAGCCGAGUUGUGCGUGUGGAACACAAGAGCACGCGACAGCCGUACGCUAUCAAGAUGAUUGAGACACGUUACCGGGAGGGGAGGGAGGUGUGCGAAUCAGAGCUGUGCGUUCUCCGGCGUGUUCGUCACACUAAUAUAAUCCAGCUGAUGGAGGUCUUCGAGACGGCAGAACGUGUUUACAUGGUGAUGGAGCUCGCCACUGGAGGAGAGCUCUUUGACAGGAUCAUCGCUCGUGGCUCCUUUACAGAGCGGGAUGCCACCCGGGUGCUGCAGAUGGUGCUGGAUGGUGUCAAGUAUCUCCAUACUUUAGGGAUCACUCACCGAGAUCUAAAGCCGGAGAACCUGCUCUACUACCACCCUGGGGCCGAUUCCAAAAUCAUCAUCACUGACUUUGGUUUGGCCAGCAGCAGGAAGAAGGGAGAUGAGUGUCUGAUGAAGACCACCUGUGGCACACCAGAGUACAUUGCCCCUGAGAUCCUGGUGAGGAAGCCCUAUACAAAUGCAGUGGACAUGUGGGCGCUGGGGGUCAUAUCAUAUAUUCUGCUGAGUGGAACCAUGCCCUUCGAGGACGACAACCGCAUGAGGCUCUACCGGCAGAUCCUCAAGGGGAAGUACAGCUUUUCGGGAGAGCCAUGGCCCAGCGUGUCCAACCUGGCUAAAGACUUUGUGGAACGAAUUCUAACGGUGGACCCCAGCGAGCGGCUCACAGCUGGCCAGGCCCUCAAGCACCCCUGGAUCGUCAGCAUGGCCGCAUCCUCAUCCAUGAAGAACCUACAGCGCUGUAUAUCUCAGAACCUCCUGAAGCGGGCAUCUUCGCGCUGCCACAGCACCAAGUCAGCCCAGUCCACGCGCUCCAGUCGCUCCACCAAAUCCAACAAAGCUCGGCGGGUGCGAGAGAAGGAGCUGCGUGAGCUGAACCGCCGCUAUCAGCAGCAGUACAAUGGCUGAAACAGCCAGUGACUGUAACAGACCUUAUACUUAAUGGGAAACAGCACUACAGUGACUGAACUUUUACUAUGACUACAACCAUUCUAAUCUGCUGCCAGUGUUACAGGCCAAAAUGGCUUUAAGUCAUGGGGCUGUAACUUGACUAAAUCAGUGGCUACAAGCAAAAGUAAAAUAAGGUUGAAAGGUAACUGCUGCCAGUUGAGAUUAUAGAACAAGGUAAAAGUGAUCAUUGAUCUCCAAAGACAGUGAAAUUAAUGAAUUCCUAUGGCAUUGUUUCUCCUGAUGAGAACACAGAAGGACACACCAGUAAAGUAUUGUACUGCAAUGGCUACAUCAUCUCUCCUUCCAUUCCGUCACCUUUUCUUUGGCAGGAUGGUGCCCUCCACUUCUUUCUUUUUGUCUUUCAAUUCCUGUGUCUCUACAUAUUUAUUUAUUAUUGUUGACAUGAUUAUUAGUCUCCAUUCAAAUGGUCACUGGAUAAUGACCUUCCACAAGGAUCUGUUGAACAGAGUUCUGGGUGUUGAAGUUCCCAAGAAGAAAGGGAUACUUUUAGAAGUGGGGAAACCAAAUUCCCCUCACUCAUUCCUGAUUGAAAAUUGCUGUGAAUUUAUUAUUGUACUAAUUGUACAGACCUUGUCUUAAUAUAUGGGUGAUGGAAACACACUGCAGUAUAACCACACCCUCGAAGGCCAAAAUGAAGGCAUGUUUUUAUUAGUCAGUUCUAAGCUUAUCUAAUCUUGCCAUCAUUGCUCUGUUAAUAUCAUUGUUCCAAAGCUGUCAAAAGAUUGUGAAGCUGUUUUCUGUCAGUCUUUAAAUGUAUUGUUUUAGAUAAUAGGCCACACAGCCCCACUCCCAAGUAUUUUUCUUUACUCAUGAAGUAUUGGUUAUGAGCCUGUCCUCUAUAACAGUAUUCAAAUGAUUCAUUAGUCUUUGUAAUAGUAUGUGGUCGUUUGGAGUGUUCAGUGGUCUUACAUUUUGCUUGUUGGUUACAGUGAGAGUGGCACACAUAAAAGCAGCGAGAAAGACAAAAUCUUAAGUACAGAGAGCGACUGCUGUCGGUUGUACCAGCUCUUUGUAAGUUCAGACUUCAUCUCGUUGUAAUGCUAUACUUAUGGAGAUUUACAAAUUACUAAAUUAAAAUGGGUUGCACCAUACAAGCUAGUCCUUACAUAGAGAUUAAUUGUUACACACAGUAACUGCCAAGCAUUAACUGUUAUGUACUGUUUGCUAACUGAAUUAGCUAGCUGGCAGAACUAAUGUUAGCUUGUUAACAAACAAUACAAUACUGUUUAAUAACAAAAAUAGCAUAGCUCACGUUAUGUUGUGGAAAAAACAAUAGACUAGGUGACUGUUUUAGCUAUGUUAGCAUAAUCAAUCAUUUCUGCUCAUUCAAAACUGCAUCAAUACCACUAACCCUGAAAUUAUGCAUAUAUAUGCAUAUAUAAACAAAAUAAAGUUAUAUCAAAGGAUUGGCAGUUGAGUUUAAGGUUUGUGCCUGAAAUCUGUUAAUUUUAGCACUUGUGAUGCUAGUGACAUUCCUCUUAGUUUAAAUGGUGCAACCCAGUCUCCGAUUUGACACUAGCUAGUAGUUCCUAAACACUGAAGGUCUUUAUGAAUAGCUGGUCCAACCCAGUCCUUAAGACAUGACAUCUUCUCUAGUUAGUGUUUGUUCCCACUCAGCCAUUGGCAUACUGUCAGAGUGAUUGUAAUUUUUUUUUUCUCUGUUAAAAUGGCAAGGUGUUAAAAAUUUUACUAGCCAGUGUGAAAGGUAGUAGAUACGCGUGUAGCUCAGAAUAUGGAAAGAAAACUCCAAGAACAGAAAGAUUUUCAGAAAUAUUAAUCCAUUUAGACAUUAAAGUCAGUGGAACACAUGCUACAAAGGACCAGAGGGUUUGGAGGCUUUGGCUUUCAGUAGUUUUACAGAGCCUGGGGGUAAAGUAUAAUUCAUUUUCUCCAGCUUUCAGUGGUUGCAUAGUGUAGUGCAGCAGGCUAGGUAGGUUGUGUCUGAAUCCAGUAUUUCUAUACUGCACUAAAAACCAAAAUGAAGGAAACCAUUGAAGAUAAUAAGGAGCAUGUAGAGGUGAAUCAAAUGGCCAUUAGUACAUAUAAUUUUAAAGCAUGAUUUAUCAAACCUAGCACAUGCAAUAUACAAUCUAAUGCAGAUUGAGAUGAACUUUUCUCUGUAAGUGCACUUAAUUCAGAAGCAAUUCUCAAGUCUGCCUUUUUGAGUGAAUCAUAACCAGUACACUAUCCAUCAUGUGGAUCGUCAGCAUCCUUACAUGAUAUGGUGUUGUGACCACUGAACUACUCAGAGCUGUGGACAUAAUGGCAGUACUCUGAAAUGAUUAGGAAUUUUACUUUUUGUAAUAUUGUGGUAUAGUUUAAAUGGUAAAAGGCUGCAUUGCAGUAAAGUGAAUGUUCUGCAUAUAUUAAACGAAACAGAGUGAAAUGAACAGUAGAUGCGACUGCUUGUUAGGAUUAGCAGUUGAUUACAAAUUAUUCUGAAUUUUCUUGCAUUUAAUGAUCUUCAUUGCCGAGUUGGUCAGAAAAUGUGAUAUCAGAAGUAACACAACUCAAAGAUUCAGGAAAAUUGCUAGGUUUCAUUUUCCUUUUUGCUCUUUUAUCUGGCAAAGCACUUCAUGUACAAAGUUUGAUAGAAUUUUGUUCAUUGGACCUGUUCACUGCAUUUCCAUGUUUUUCUCCCUACAGGAGACUCCUAGUGUAAAGAUGGCACACCCUGGUCUUUUCUUCUUUAUAUGAGAAUUUUGCUGUGAUCUGCCCCAGAGUUACUAAGUGUGCUGUUGUUGUGAACUUUUUUUUUAACACAUACUGGAAACCUAACCGAGCCAUGUCAGCUGACCUCAGUUUUUCCCUUCCUUUUUGUCUUUUUGGCCUUUCUUGUUCCAGGAUGCUCUGUCAUCUUUCUGAUGCUACUUUUUCCAUUAGCCUUGAUGUAAGUGUACCUUUUGAACUUUUUAUUUUCUCUGUCCCACUGCUGUCAUCUGAUCUGAUAUCUCACCACUUGGUGGGAGUAAAUUGCUUAUAUCUUAGAGACUCUUAGUGAGGCUUACAUUAGAACUGGUAUCAGUACACUCAGAUCUUUACUCUGUCUACAUUUGAGAGAUUCUCUACCCAAAAUGUGUCUUUUUAAUAUCAAAUGCAAAUGUAGGCUUGAAAAGGUGCAUUGUCCUUAGUUUACGUCUUCACAGAGAAAAUACCUGUGGUCAUAUUUAAAGACAGGUUUUGGAUGAAGUAUCACUAAAAAGUGUCACACUUUCUACAACAUUAAAUAUAAUGAGAUUUUUCAAUUCUGUUACUUCACUGAUUUCAUCUAGAGCAUAGUGUCAUUGUGAAAUAAACAUUUUUAACCUGUUUGAAAUGUCAGAUAUUAAGAAUCACAGUCACAAAGUAAUCAUUUGGACUCACAGGAAUUGCAGUGGUUGAAUUAGUCUGCAGCAUUGUUGAGUGCCUAUUGUAUACCAUGUUCAAUGAAUAACCAAAUCAGUUCAUUAGCAGUUUUUGCUGAAUGUCAGCACAUUUUCCUUUCAUGUGUUUAUAUAUAUAUAUGUGUGAUUUUUAUAUAAAUGCUGUGUCCUAAAUGAAGUAACCAACUCAACACUGUUACCUGCCAACAGUUGUUCAUCUUUUGUUACUGUGUGUCAAAAUGAAUAACACUUUGAUUCUUCUACCAUUAACUUUUUUUAUUUUUUUAAACGGUGAGUUGUAUGUGCCAAUAAAACACCUGAACCUGA